CAGAGAGAGAGGGCAAGCAAGCAAGCGAGGUCAAGCCGCGCGGAGCACGGAUCUCUCCCCCUAUUGCACUCCUCUCUCUCCUCGACCCUUCCGACGCGGCAAAGCAAAAACAGGGAGGAGAGAGAGGGAGGAAGGAGGAGUCCGAAAUCCCAACCCCGAAUCCUGGUCUAAUCUUUCGAUCGACCUCGGAUUUGGGAGCAGCUCCCGUUCGGGUCGUGGAUUCGGGGGCGCAGCCAUGAACGAGAAGGCGUCCGUCUCCAAGGAGCUCAACGCCAAGCAUAAGAAGGUAUUGGAAGGUCUUCUUCGGCUGCCCGAGAACAGAGAAUGUGCAGACUGCAAGUCAAAGGGUCCUCGAUGGGCAAGCGUGAAUCUAGGUAUCUUUAUAUGCAUGACAUGUUCUGGAAUUCAUAGAAGCCUUGGGGUACACAUAUCUAAGGUAAGAUCUGCUACCCUGGAUACAUGGUUGCCAGAGCAAGUUGCAUUUAUUCAAUCAAUGGGAAAUGAAAAGGCAAAUAGCUAUUGGGAAGCAGAGCUGCCUCCUAACUAUGAUAGGGUUGGGAUAGAGAACUUCAUCCGUGCGAAAUACGAGGACAAGAGAUGGAUACCAAGGAAUGGAACAUCACGGGCAUCCUCUGUUGCUCGAGAUGAAAAGAGCUUAGAGUCUCCGGCUAGUGCUAACAGGAGUGGACAUGGUCAAAGAUCUUCACUUGAGCAACACCGUGCUUCACCAGGUGCCAUGAGCAAAAUUGCUCCAGUAGCUUCUAGGAUGCCCACCCAGGCAUCACCUCAGCCAAAGUUAGAACCACCAGUUCCCAAGGUGGUUUCACCUCCUCAGGCAGAGAAAUCUCCUGCUAAAGUUGAUGCAACACCCCCUAAAGUCGAGAAGCCACCGGUUGUGCCACCUCCUAAAGUUGAUUAUGCUACUGAUCUCUUUAACAUGUUAUCAAUGGAUGGGACAACGGAGAAAGAAUCAGAGUCGUCUUCAAAUGAUGAUAAUGCCUGGGAUGGCUUUCAGUCUGCACAACCAGUACCUAGCUCAGAGAAAAAGGACUCUGCCAAACCAGCAGAAGGUAAGCCCCAGGCUACAUCAGGAAUAGAAGACUUAUUUAAAGACUCACCAGCUGUGUCAUUAUCCUCAGCUCCAACUGUUUCCCAAGUAAAUGUGAAGAAUGAUAUCAUGAGUUUGUUUGAAAAGUCCAAUAUGAUUUCACCGUUUGCUGUCCAUCAGCAGCAGAUUGCAUUUAUGACCCAGCAGCAAGCUCUUCUAAUGGCUGCCCUUAAAGCUGGAAAUGCACCCCAAAUGAUUCCGGGAAAUGCCAAUCAGCUAAAUGCUAAUGGUUCUAAUACCCCUCAUGGAAGCAUGCCUUUCCAGAACUGGACAAACCUUGGCUAUCAAAACCCUGGAUCGACUCCAGCAGCAGCAGUACAGAACGGCACCAGCAAGGUCGGGAACAACAGUCAGGAAUUCUCUUCUGGGAAUUUCAUUUUUGGCACACCUGGUGUGUACAACAUUGGUUCAGCUGUCCCAGCAAAUGGGGCCUCGGCCGCAGAUGCUAACAGGAACACAGCAUCCCCUGCCUCUUCUACCCUCCCACCUCAAUCAGGCAAAGAUUACGAUUUUUCCUCGUUGACUCAGGGAUUUUUCUCCAAACGAUGAACACCUUGCCAUACUUGGAAAUGGAACAACAGGCCACGUGCUGUUGGGCAAAGCAUAUUGAUUUAGGGAGAACAAGGUCCUUGUACAAAUUAAUUGAGGCAGCUUUUCUUCUGGUGGAUAUUUAGUUACGUGACUUUGCAGCUGUCCUGGACAAAAAAAGUGGGGAAUAUGGAACUAAAUAGCUCAUUCCUUGUCAGUGAUGCCAACCGCUUUUAAUAGAGGAUUACGCCUUGUCAUAGAAGUAUAAUGCAGCCUUUUCCUUCUCUUGGUCAUGACUUAGCUGCAAUACGAGAUACCGAUUACUUUGUAUUCUACAACAAUUGGAUUUUAUUGUUUCCACAUGUCAGUCUGUAUUGUUUUGAGAUUGAACCACACCUAUUCUCCAACAUUUGUUCAAUGUUCAUAUAUAUCAUAAACCAUUUUGCGUUUCA